GCAAGGUGUCAACCAUGAAUAUUUAAAAUGCGUUUUUGUACCCCUCUCACUCAUCAUGAGGUGGACCGGCCGUCGCCUGGCAGCCGAGACAGACAGAUGCGAGGAGGCGGUCAGUCAGUCCAGCAGAAGUGCCACAUAAUCAAAUAAAAAAGCUGUUAUCGAGUCACACAGGCAGGUUGAGGUCCUCUGGUCAUGGCUAAAGACCCGUUGGCAGAGGCUGGUCUUCAUUUUGAUGAACUCAACAAAUUGCGAGUACUCGAGCCUGACGUGAGCCAGAAAACCACUGAGCUCAAAGAGGAAUGUGAGGACUUUGUUGACAAAAUCGGCCAGUUUCAGAAAAUUGUAGGUGGACUUAUUGAACUUGUGGAUGAACUGGCAAAGGAAGCUGAAAAUGAAAAAAUGAAGGCCAUAGGUGCAAGAAAUUUGCUGAAAUCGGUUGAAAAGCAACGAGAGGCUCAACAGCAACAGCUUCAGGCUUUGAUUGCAGAAAAGAAAAUGCAGUUGGAAAGGUAUCGAAUAGAAUAUGAAGCUCUUCAGAAAGUCGAAGCAGAGCAGAAUGAAUUCAUCGAUCAGUUUAUACUGCAGAAAUAAGAGUGCUGUUUCUCUCUCUGUUGGACAGGAAAAGUGAUGCUAUGCAUCUUGACUCACAAUGACUUCCUAUUAUGUGCCGGGUCCCAAACUAGGUUAACUGAACUGACCAGUUAAUAGGUGACAACAGAUGUCCGUUUCAGCCUCAACCUCGGACUCGAUUGUGUUAACAUUGAGUUUGCAUGGCCAGUUCCACGGGGCACAUACUUGUAAUCUUUCCAACUAUAGUUCAUAAUUUCAGAUGAAUACUAUUUAUAUACAAAAUAAGUUAUUUAUACUAUUUAUAUGGAAAUUAGUUUGUAAAUCCGAUCUUUUUUUACAACAGCAAAAUACAGUAUUUGCAUGUUACUGUAAAUAAUUCCAUCAUGAGACAUCUUCAGGUAAAUCAUUUUCUGUAUGAUUUUUUUAUUUGAACUGCUGUUUGUGACUUGAACCCAUCCAGUUUUAUUUUAUCAUAUCCUCAUGUCAAUUUUAUUGGGACCAUACCAAAAUAUAUUCCGUAGAAGUUAUGGAAAACUAUUAAAUAUGAAAUUCAUUCAUUGUUAUGUUUACAUUAACCAUUUAGAUCAUCAGGUGUGUUAUCUCAAUAUUUGACGAACUUCAUACAGAUUUGAAGAACAUUUGAAUAAAAAUAUAUUUUGCUUUUA